UCAUAGUACCCUAUGUUUAUGAAUUCUUAAAUUGUAUUCAGCUCUAAAGAUCUCUAAUUUAUGAGUUUAUUUCAAGACAUUUAGACAGAAAUUUAGCCUGACUUAUAUUACAAACCACUUCAAUUGAAAUUUUAUGUUUCAAACAUCUCCCUUAAUCAUUAUUAUGCCUUGUUUCAGAGUACCAGCAAGAAGAUAUGAGUUCUUUCUCAUAAUAUUUUUUGCUGUUGAUGAAAUCAACAAAAAUCCUUAUCUUUUACCAAACAUGUCUUUGACAGUCAACUUUUUUCCUGGUAUAUGUGAAGAUUCACUUAUAUUAAAUGAUAUAAUCUAUUUACAAAGAAACAAUAAUUUGGAAAUUAAUAAUUAUAAUUGUUUAUUAAAAGAAUAUGGUUACAUACAUCUUACAGGACCAUCAUGGAAAACAUCCUUAAAAUUGUCAAUUGACUAUAGGGCAGCAAAGGUUUUCUUUGGACCAUUUAAUCCUAACAUGAAUGACCAUGUCCAGUUUCUGGAUAUAUAUCAGAUAGCCACCAAGGACACACAUUUGUCACAUGCCAUGGUCUCCUUGAUGCUUUAUUUUAGAUGGACUUGGGUGGGACUGAUCAUCUCAGAUGAUGACCAGGGUAUUCAGUUUCUAUCAGAUUUGAGAGAAGAAAUGGAAAGACAUGGAAUUUGUUUAGCUUUUGUUAAUAUGAUCCCAGAAACCAUGCAGAUAUACAUGACAAGAGUCAAAAUAUAUGAUAAACAAAUUAUGACAUCUUCAGCAAAGGUUGUUAUCAUUUAUGGUGAAAUGAACUCUACUCUAGAAAUCAGCUUCAGAAGAUGGCAAGAUUUAGGUGCAUAGAGAAUCUGGAUCACAACAUCACAAUGGGAUGUUCUCACAAAUAAAAUAGAUUUCAGCUUUGAUUUCUUUCAUGGGACUGUCAGUUUUGAACAGCACCACAGUGAGAUUGCUAAAUUUAGGAAUUUUAUGAAAACAAUGAAAACUCACAUAUACCCAAUAGAUAUUUCUCAGUCUAUACUGGGGUGGAAUUAUUUUAAUUGUUCAACCUCAAAGAACAGCUCUAGCAAAAUGGACUAUUUUACAUACAACAACACAGUGGAAUGGACAGCACUGCACAAAUUUGACAUGGCCUUGAGUGAAGUAGGUUACAAUUUGUACAAUGCUGUGUAUGCUGUGGCCCACACCUACCAUGAACUCAUACUUCAACAAGUAGAAUCUCAGCAAAUGUCAGUAGAAAAAGGAGUAUUCCAUGACUGUCAUCAGGUUCCCUCCUCCAUGUGUAGCAUGACCUGUACUGCUGAAUUCAGGAAAAUACAUCAGAAAGAAACAGCAGAGUGCUGCUUUGAUUGUGAUCAGUGCCCAGAAAAUGAUUGUUGUUUGCCAACAGAUAUGGAACAGUGUGUAAGGUGUCCAGAUGAUAAGUAUGCCAACUUAGAGAAAACCCACUGCAUUCCAAGAACUGUGACAUUUCUGUCUUAUGAAGAUCCACUGGGGAUGGCUCUAGGCUCCAUAGCCCUCUCAUUCUCAGCAAUCACAGUUCUAGUCCUAUUCACUUUUGUGAAGUACAAGGACAUUCCCAUUGUGAAGGCCAACAACCGCAUUCUCAGCUACAUCCUGCUCAUCUCUCUAGUCUUCUGUUUUCUCUGCUCAUUUCUCUUCAUUGGACAUCCCAACCAGGUCACCUGCAUCCUGCAGCAGACCACAUUUGGAAUAUUUUUCACAGUGGCUGUUUCUAUAGUGUUGGCCAAAACAGUAACUGUGGUCAUGGCUUUCAAGGUCACUACUCCAGGGAGAAGGAUGAGAGGGAUGCUGGCAUCAGGGGCACCUAACUUGGUCAUUCCCAUUUGUAGCCUAAUCCAACUUGCUCUCUGUGGAAUCUGGUUGGAAACAUCUCCUCCCUUUGUUGAAGGAGAUAUACAAUCUGAACAUGGGAAGAAUGUCAUUAUUUGCAACAAAGGCUCUGUCAUUGCCUUCCACAUUGUUCUGGGAUACUUGGGCUCCUUGGCUCUGGGCAGCUUCACUGUAGCUUUCUUGGCUAGGAACAUACCUGACAGAUUCAAUGAAGCCAAGUUCCUAACUUUCAGCAUGUUGGUGUUCUGCAGUGUAUGGAUCACAUUCCUCCCUGUGUACCACAGCACCAGAGGAAAGGAUGGUGGUUGUGGAGGUUUUCUCCAUCUUGGCUUCUGGUGCAGGAUUGCUAGUGUGUAUCUUUAUCCCAAAGUGUUAUGUCAUUUUAGUGAGACCAGAUUCAAAUUUUAAACAGAAGUAUAAAGAUAAAUUUCAUUAUUGAAACAUUCAUAGUAUGAAAAUGUUAGAUGAUAUUAAUCAUAUUUUUCUUUGUCUUAACAAAAGUAGUACUUAAUCUUCUCAAAAUUUAAAUAAUAUAAAAAUAUUAACUUACAAAGUGGACAGCACUAUCCAUUGUGCUACCAUUACCUAAGUUUUGUGGAAAAUGGUAUCAUUCAUAAGUACACACACAUGAAGAUAUUGAGAACUGGGAAUCUCAAUUGAGGAAUGGCUACCAUCAUCUUUAGCUGUGGUUUUGUAUGUAACCCAUGUAUUUAAUUAAUGAUUAAGUAAGGUGACCUUACUGACUGAGGACAGUACCACCUCUAUGCGAGUUGUUCUUGCAGUCAUAUUAAAGUGAACUUCAGACAAAAUGGACAUGCAGUCAGUAAUCCCCAUUAUUUCGCAUGGUUUCAUGGAGGGCCUGCAUCUAAUUUCAUGCCUUGGUUUCAUUCAACAUUCUGUGACCAAUGAACAUAAGUGAAUAAACACUUUUCUCACAAGUUUCUUUUAAUCACAAUGUUUAUUACAGCAAGAGAAUAUAAGACAUAACCUAAAUGGCAUGUUGCUUCUAUUGGGAUUUGGAAUAGCACAGAUUCCUGUUGCAAUAAAAAGCACUUAUGUGAAAAGAGAAACAAGAGUUAAUGUUAGCAAAAUGUGAAGC